CUCUCUGUCUGGGCCUCUCUGUUCCUCCUCCCUCCUCCCUCCCCCUUCUGCAUUAUCAGACCUGCUCCAACCUCCUCCCGGAGCCAGCCUAGCGGCAGAGGCAGUGGCAGCAGGAGAGGUGGGAGCAACUGGGGCAGCAGCAGCAGCGCUGGAUUGGGGUAUUGAGUCCAGACUGAGUUGGGGACAGGCUACUGCUCUUGGUCCUUGUGCCCACUGGGCCAGGCACCCUGCCUGGAACCCCGGGCAGGGUGGACAGGGCGAGGUGCCACCUUAGUCUGGCUGGGGAGGCAGACGAUGAGGAGCGAUGGGGCAGGCAUGCGGCCACUCCAUCCUCUGCAGGAGCCAGCAGUACCCGGCAGCGCGACCGGCUGAGCCGCGGGGCCAGCAGGUCUUCCUCAAGCCGGACGAGCCGCCGCCGCCGCCGCAGCCAUGCGCCGACAGCCUGCAGGAUGCUUUGCUGAGCCUGGGCUCUGUCAUCCACAUCGCGGGCUUCCAGCGGGCUGUCAAGGAGGCCCUUUCAGCUGUGCUCCCCAAAGUGGAGACUGUCUACACCUACCUGCUGGAUGGGGAGUCUCGGCUGGUGUGUGAGGACCCCCCCCAUGAGCUGCCCCAGGAGGGGAAAGUCCGAGAGGCUGUGAUCUCCCGGAAGCGGUUGGGCUGCAAUGGACUGGGCCCCUCGGACCUGCCGGGGAAGCCGUUGGCCAGACUGAUGGCCCCACUGGCUCCUGAUACCCAAGUGCUGGUCAUGCCGCUGGUGGACAAGGAGGCUGGGGCUGUGGCAGCCGUCAUCUUGGUGCAUUGUGGCCAGCUGAGUGACAGUGAAGAGUGGAGCCUGCAAGCCGUGGAGAAGCAUGCUCUGGUGGCCCUGCGAAGGGUGCAGGCUCUGCAGCCCCGGGGGCCUGGCGCCGCCUCGGCAGCAGUCCGGAACCCCCCGGCGGGGGUGGCGGGAGACCAGAAGGGCGGUGUGGCUCACACCGACCAGGACCAAAAGAUCCUGCAGCUGUGCGGGGAACUCUACGACCUGGAUGCCUCGUCCCUCCAGCUCAAAGUCCUCCAAUACCUGCAGCAGGAGACCCAGGCAUCCCGCUGCUGCCUCCUGCUGGUGUCCGAGGAUAAUCUCCAGCUUUCCUGCAAGGUCAUCGGAGAUAAAGUGCUGGAGGAAGAAACCAGCUUUCCGUUGACGACAGGACGCCUGGGCCAGGUGGUGGAAGAUAAGAAGUCUAUCCAGCUGAAGGAUCUCACCUCUGAGGAUGUGCAACAGCUGCAAAGCAUGUUGGGCUGUGAGCUGCAGGCGAUGCUCUGCGUUCCUGUCAUCAGCCGGGCCACUGACCAGGUGGUGGCCUUGGCCUGCGCCUUCAACAAGCUCGGAGGAGACUUGUUCACGGACCAGGAUGAGCAUGUGAUCCAGCACUGCUUCCACUACACUAGCACGGUGCUCACCAGCACCCUGGCCUUCCAGAAAGAGCAAAAGCUCAAGUGUGAGUGCCAGGCUCUUCUCCAAGUGGCAAAGAACCUCUUUACUCACCUGGAUGAUGUCUCUGUCCUGCUCCAGGAGAUCAUCACAGAGGCCAGAAACCUCAGCAAUGCUGAGAUCUGCUCCGUGUUCCUGCUGGAUCAAAAUGAGCUGGUGGCCAAGGUGUUCGACGGGGGCGUGGUGGAUGACGAGAGCUACGAGAUCCGCAUCCCGGCUGACCAGGGCAUUGCGGGCCACGUGGCAACCACCGGCCAGAUCCUGAACAUCCCGGACGCGUACGCGCAUCCGCUUUUCUACCGUGGCGUGGACGACAGCACCGGCUUCCGCACGCGCAACAUCCUUUGCUUCCCCAUCAAGAACGAGAACCAGGAGGUCAUCGGUGUGGCCGAGCUGGUGAACAAGAUUAACGGACCAUGGUUCAGCAAGUUCGACGAGGAUUUGGCAACCGCCUUCUCCAUCUACUGUGGCAUCAGCAUAGCCCAUUCCCUCCUAUACAAGAAAGUGAAUGAGGCCCAGUAUCGCAGCCACCUAGCCAACGAGAUGAUGAUGUACCACAUGAAGGUCUCUGAUGAUGAAUACACCAAACUUCUCCAUGAUGGGAUCCAGCCUGUGGCUGCCAUUGACUCCAACUUUGCCAGUUUCACCUAUACCCCUCGCUCUCUGCCCGAGGAUGACACUUCCAUGGCCAUCCUGAGCAUGCUGCAGGACAUGAAUUUCAUCAAUAACUACAAAAUUGACUGCCCAACUCUGGCCCGGUUCUGUUUGAUGGUGAAGAAGGGCUACCGGGAUCCCCCCUACCACAACUGGAUGCAUGCCUUUUCUGUCUCCCACUUCUGCUACCUGCUCUACAAGAAUCUGGAGCUUACCAACUACCUCGAGGACAUCGAGAUCUUCGCCUUGUUUAUUUCCUGCAUGUGUCAUGACCUGGACCACAGAGGCACAAACAAUUCCUUCCAGGUGGCCUCGAAAUCUGUGCUGGCUGCUCUCUACAGCUCCGAGGGCUCUGUCAUGGAGAGGCACCACUUCGCUCAGGCCAUCGCCAUCCUCAACACCCAUGGUUGCAACAUCUUUGACCACUUCUCCCGGAAGGACUAUCAGCGUAUGCUGGACCUGAUGCGGGACAUCAUCUUGGCCACCGACCUGGCCCACCACCUCCGCAUCUUCAAGGACCUCCAGAAGAUGGCCGAAGUGGGUUAUGACCGAACGAACAAGCAACACCAUAGCCUCCUCCUCUGCCUCCUUAUGACCUCCUGUGACCUCUCUGACCAGACCAAGGGCUGGAAGACUACGAGGAAGAUCGCAGAGCUGAUCUACAAAGAGUUCUUCUCCCAGGGAGACUUGGAGAAGGCCAUGGGCAACAGACCGAUGGAGAUGAUGGACCGGGAGAAGGCCUACAUCCCUGAGCUGCAGAUCAGCUUUAUGGAGCAUAUCGCGAUGCCUAUUUACAAGCUGCUGCAGGACCUGUUCCCCAAGGCAGCAGAGCUAUAUGAACGUGUGGCCUCUAACCGUGAGCACUGGACCAAAGUGUCUCACAAAUUCACCAUCCGCGGCCUCCCGAGCAACAACUCGCUGGACUUCCUGGAUGAGGAGUACGAGGUGCCUCAGCUGGAUGGCACUGGGGCCCCUGUCAAUGGCUGUUUCAGCCUUGAUGCUGAGUGAGCCCCCCCCUCCCCAGGACCCUUCCCUGCCCAGGCCUCCUCUCACAGCCCCCCACUGGCCUGGCCGGGUGCCCUGGGACCAGAGCCACGGGUCCUAGGUUCUAGACCAGGACUUACCAUGUGACCUUGAGCAAGUACCGACCUUUCUGGGCCUCAGCUUUCCUGUCUGUGUAAUGGAAGCAAGACUUCCGGCCUCACCAAGAUUUUGUCAUUUGUCCUCUGAGAGCACAGGGGUGACUGAUGAGCAGCGAGCCCUGCUCUGCACUUCUGACCGCAUCUUGGCAAAUCCUCCCCAGCCACUCCUCUGAGGCAGCCUGGAUGGUCUCUCCUGGGCCCCAUUCCUGCCCCAUUAGAUCUGUGCCCUCUUCCCUCUCCAGGGUCCUCAUGCAAGGAGAAGGUAGGACAUCUGAAUGAGCAGAGAAUAGGUCUUAGAAACAGUCAUUAGCUCUGCUGGACAACUAGAAAUAGCCACGGGGCCACUGAAGGUGCCCCUUAGGAUCGCCACAUACUUAUGGUGGGCACUGGGACCUGGGGAGCUGCCAGAGGGGCAGCUCAGUGCUUUGGGCAGAGGGGGUCAGGGAGAAAGCAGGAUAGGAAUGGUGGGCAGGAAGGAUCCCAGGGCUGGAAGACAGGCUCCAAUUGAGUCAAUAAUUCUUCCCCUGGCUGUGUGACCCUGGGCAAGUGACUUCCCCUAUCUAGGUGAGACAGGAGGGUGGGACAAUCUGUUUUCUAAGACCCCUUUUAGAUCAAAGUCCCCAUGGCUCUGUGGAGUCCCAGGAGAAGCCAUGGAAUGUCCCUGCCACCCUAGGGCAAAGAGCCAACCCUGAGUCCUUCAGUGGCCCCCUGAGUGUCCCCCCCCCCCACUUAGUCCAAGCCCCUUCCCCAUUCCUGCAGCCAGAGAGGGCUGCCUCAGCCCUGACAGGGCCGACUGGCAGGGCUCCUAUCUUCUUCAAGGCCAUAUCUACCCGUGCCCUGGGGCUUGGGAGACCCCCCAUAGGGCUGGGCUUCUUGGUCAGCCCGGCUGCUGGCAUCUCCCUUCUCUGUUUUGUUCUGUAUGUGUUGUGGGGUGGGGGGAGGGGGGCCACCUGCCUUACCUAUUCUGAGUUGCCUUUAGAGAGAUGCGUUUUUCUAGGAUUCUGUGCAACUGUUGUAUAUGGUCCCGUGGGCUGACCGCUUUGUACAUGAGAAUAAAUCUAUUUCUUUCUACCAACCCUCCCCCUUGGGGCUAUUUCCAGAUAUUGUACUUGGGGAUAGGGGAACAGAACUGGGGUAGGCAAAUGCCCUUUAGAACUCCUUGGCUACUGGAGCCUCCAGCCCUUGUGUCUAGCCCCUCUUAUAGGAGAGUCACAGACCUCCUGUGCCAGACUGCAGGGGCUUAGAGAUAUGGCGGCAGAUGAGGAGACCUGGGCAUGGAGCAAUGAGAGGGCAUGUUGGCUGGCAGAGAUUGUGGACUAGAAAGAAAAGAAUUGAGGGGCUGAAGCAACCAAGGAGGCUGCCUGGAGGAGGCAGCCUAGAGCUCCUCCUAAACCCUCUGUCUUCUGGCUUGCUGGUCAUGAAUACCCAUAUAGCCAGGGCCUGGGCCUCUGAACCCCCUCCUUUCUUCCCUAUCUGUGUCCCCAUAAAUCCUCCCCUGAGUCUGACUGUACACCAGAUGCAACCCUGGGUUGUGUCUAUGGAGUUAGUUCCCUGCUCUUCUGGUUGUGAGAGUGUUUGCCUCUGCACAGAUAGAGAGGGGCAGACCCCAGAUUGGACCAUAAGGAGGAUCUGACAGGCAAAAGUCUCUAAACCCACCCCCUCUCUUGCCUACAUCCACCCCCCAUUUCCUCUCCCUGUUCAUCUCUUCCAGAUCAGUAACGGUUGAUAUAUUAAGGGCCGAACACUGGGAUUUCCUUUCCUAGGAGAUGGAGGAAAGAAGGACUGGGAGAAGAUGAUCGGGGCCAUCCUGUGACACCUACAAUGCCCCAGGUGCCAGCCUUUGGGACCACAGAGCCUAUCUGUUUCUCCUGCUCCACAACUUGUCACUGUUUGGUAUCUGCUCUUCUGGGCUAUGGUCUCCAGGCAGCUAGCCUUCCCUUAAGAACUUGGGGUCCUGUCCCCUCCCUUGCCCAGCCCCUGCUUUGGGUUCCCCCCAUGUGUCUCUGUCCUCUCACAGCACAGGACCCAGGCUGACCAGUGGACCCCCAGGUAGAGGCAGGUCAGUUCCUGAUAGGGUCCAAGGCUGACAAGGGACGGACAGGGGACAGCUCUUGUAAUGGUGUGCAGCUAACACCAGCAUUGGUGUGGGUUGACAUAGGUGCUCCUCUGCCUGUGACCACCCCCGCCCCCCCCCGCCGCCCACUUCAAAUGUGUGACUCUCUUCUACCAGCCCUUGAACAAAGGAAGAGCACAGACAGCCUGUGUGCACGCUUCAGGGACCUCACUCCCCUUCCCUGCAUCUGUUGUCUGUCCCCAGCUCAACCCACACUUGAGGACAUUUAAUCCCACUUGAGGCCCUUGUGUGACACAUCCUUUCUCACCACCUGAGUGGACAGCUCACAAGUCUUUCCUCGUGCAUGCAAGACCCCAUGCCAAGACCACAUUAGCCAAGAGCUAAUUGUGCUUGUCCCUGGUCUGGAGAGUCUAACAGCCUGGUCAGGAAGAUCUGGUCAUGGGACCUGACAACCCCAUGGGAUGCUUGGCCAUGGGGCUCCAGGCAGGAUUAUAACCCUGAGAAGCAAAGUAGUGAGGUUUGGGAGAUGAACAGGUAUUGUGUGGGCAGAAGGGGCCAAGCACUCCUGGUGGAAGGAACUGCUCAUUAAAGGCACAGAAAAGGGGAGUGACCAGCACGCAGGGAAUGAAGAGACAGAGGGAAGUACAGCCAGACCAAGGAGAGCCUCGAAUGCCAGGCUGUGAAGUUUGGCUUUACUCUGUGAGCAGUGGGGGGACAGCGAACGUUUUCAGUAGGAGAGUGACUUGGACAUGCAUUUUAGAAAGAUCCUGCUGGAAA